AGGUUCUCUCGUUAUUAGGAAAAAACAACUUUUCAAGUCUGAAGUAAAACAUAUUUGUGUUUCAAAUCUUUUCCAUAAUUUUUUUAACAAAACAAUGAAUUUAAAACUGUUUGAAUAUUAAACCUUAGUGAAUGUUAAAAGAGAAAUUAUGGCUGUCCCAGGUAAAAAACCCUACAAACAAUUUUCUUCUUCAACACUCUCAAUGGGUUCUGAUGAAGAUCUUAAAGUUUACUGUCAACCAUGUGACCGUGAUGGACUUACACUUCCUGCUUAUGGCUAUUGUACAAACUGUUCAGAGCAUUUAUGUGAAACAUGUUUUAGAGCUCAUAGAAGACACACACUGUCAAGGCACCAUAAUUUACUAGAUAAAAUCAGCAUGCCUCCGACCCUGUCAACUGCUACUCAAAGGCAACCAGAUAACUUUACAAACCCAUGUCCUAAGCACAACGCUGAGAUGGUAAAGUUUUAUUGCCAUGAUCAUAAGGCUCUACUUUGCAGUGUUUGUGUUACACUUGAGCAUACAGCAACACCACCUUGCAAUGUCAACUAUAUACCUGACAUUUCAGGCAAGACCAUCAAUAGCAAUGAAUAUCAAGACGUAUUGACUGAAUUGAGUGACUUGGCUGAGAGAUCAAACAAAACACUUCAAGACAUGAAGGAAAUGAACGUUGUAUCAAACAAGUCGUUGAUGGAAACGUUGACACACAUAAUGAAAUUCCGGACAAAAAUCAACGAAAGACUUGAUGAAUUGGAAAGACAAGUCAAGGAAGCUGCAAAAGUCAUCCAAGAGGACAACAUCAAGAUUUUCAAGAGUGUAGAAACAGUAUGUAGAGAUGUGUCAAAAUCACUAAAGUCAUCCUCUGAUGCCAUUAAACAUUUCAACGCAUCAAAAGAAGCCAAUGAUUUGUUCAUGGAACUAAAACAUGCUGAACAGAUGAUAAAAGAAUAUGAACAGAAAGUUGAUAAGGUCUCAGAAUUUGAAGUCAAAGAAUACAAUUUUGAACCAAAUGAGGCAAUAUCAAAUCUAUUGAAUAAAGAAAUGUCAUUGGGAACACUAAAAGGUAGAACAUUACAUCCUGACUUGAAGUACAGACGAUUUUCACAAAUGGAUAUCAUCUGUAUGAAAAGACAAGAUAAAGAUACAUGUAUAAUAACAGGAAUGACACUGCUUACUCCUGAUCUUCUUAUUAUUACAGAUUAUCAAAACAGGGCCAUAAAAAUGGUUGAAAUCAGUAAAAAGUCUGUACAAGCUCGGCACAACUUUGAUAGUGAUCCUUGGGAUGUCACGUCAAUUUCACAAAAUGAAGUUGCUGUCACAUUACCAUUCAAUCUUACAAUUCAGUUCUUAUCUGUGUCUAGAAAUAAAAUCAAGAUAAAGCACACUUUGAAGGUUGAUGGAGAAUGCCAUGGUAUAAGCUUUCAUAAAGAUAAAAUGGUGGUGUCAUUUUGUAAUCCAGCUAAAGUUCAAAUCAUGCUUAUCAAUGGCACUGUUAUACAAACAAUCCAAGGUGAAAUUAUUUUCAAAGAUCCACUCUAUAUUACAACAAGUGACAAUUGUAUCUUUGUAUCUGAUUUAACAAUGAAAACAGUUACCAAGUUAAAUUGGCAGAGUGAGGUGAAAGGUAAAUAUGUUUGUACAGCCAAUCCACAUGGCUUGACAAUGUCAGACGAUGGGACUGUGUAUGUUUGUUAUUGUGACAACAAUACCAUAGAAGAGAUAUCAGAGGACUUCAGUAAAGAGCAGGUUGUUGUAAAGGAUAUACAAAACCCUCAAGCUGUCUAUUGGUCUGCUGAGACAUGUACAUUGUUCACAAAUAGCUGGGAUUAUACAGGAGAAGAUAAUUUUAUCAAACUCUUCAAAACAUCUAAAUAAUCUACAAAGACAAAAAGUAUAUACAAAUAUAAUGCGAUUAACAUUUGUAGGGCCUAGAUAUAACUUAUUGUUGCUAUUUAAACUUUUCGCCCUUUGUGAACUUCAAAUAGCUGUUAUCAGAUUAUCAACAACAUUUUAAAAUGUGUAAUUCACUUAUUGCUAUGAGUUCAACUCUUUUAAUGAAAUUUUAAAUUAUGUUACUAAACAAAAUGUCUAGAUUUAUAUUUCAAUUUAUACAUGUAUUUAUAUGAAGGUACACAUAUAUAAUGUCAUAUUUAUAUUCAAAACCACUGAAUGCAUUGUGUUUUAUAUACAAGCAACAGUUACUCUCACUGAAACAUUUAAAAUCUUAAAUCUGCAAUUAUUUCGCUAAACAUGUUUGCAAAUGCACAAAGUGAAACAAAAAUAUUUCAACAGUUCUAUGUUGUUUUUUUUUCAUGCUGUUUUAAGGCUGAAAAAGGGUCUCAUUCUAAAAGUUAAUUAGUAUCUUUUUUCACAAUUGUUUAAUGAAAAUUCACAAUUCACAACAAUUGAUUUGAUCAUUGAUCUAACAACGAACCACUUGUUAUCAAUAUAGAAUGUUAGUUAAAGUCAGUUAUUCGUCUAAUUUCUGUGAACGUUUUUUAUUUAUUUGCACGUUCUGCAAUAAAUAUUUUAUUUUCGUUCUUUUAAAAUCUUUAAUAGGCACAAUUAAGUCAAAUAAAAAUAUUAUUACGAUAAAAUUAUCACUAUUCAUAUACAUGUUCUAUUUUUAUACGUAUGCAGUACAGUAAAUUGACAUGGUGUCAAAUUUCAUGACAAUGACACAUUACUAUUAUCCCAAGAUUUGUUUGUUGGCCAAAUUAUAUCAAUAGUUUAUAACAUUUCAAUGAAUUAUUUAUGUUAUUCAAUUACAUUUAUUUAUAAUAUACACAGAUCUGUGUCAUCAUUGUUCUUUGUUUUAACAUGGUGAGCUUGUGAAAUAAAAUUUAUGUGCUA